AUGCCGUUGACUAUACGGCGUUGUGGUAAACAGGUUCACACGUCUGCAGAUAACUUGGAAGCCUACCAGCUUGUUGACGACGACCUUGGUCGCUUAGUGCAGUGGACUCUGGGAAGCCAGCAGGAGCUGUGGGAAGUGCGCUUCGUGUUCACUCACGUUUGUGGUCCGAACGGCGGCACUGUCCUGGGGUUGGGAUUUGGGACUGCUGACGUCCGAAUGGAAGAGGUGGACAUUCUGGAGUGUGAGAACCUUGCAGUAUGUGAUGCCUACGACGGCGAAAUCAACAUCCUGGGGCAGCAAGUCAGCAAGGAUGGCUUGGAUCUCUGUGAGCCCAGCUCGGGCACCUGCGAGGAGGAGUCCAUCACAGCCAUGUACGACUCCUCGCAAGGCUUGCUCAGAUUCACGGUGGACUCCCGGAGAUGUCGUGGACAGUUCAGGGCCGACAUCAUGAAGGAGUCGUUGAGGCACAGGGAACUGUACCCAACAGUUGCCUUUGCAAACAGAAAGAGCAAGGUCCGAAUCGAGCUCAUAAGAUGCUUGAUGGCCAUGCCAGUCCCCCGAGACGAACGUUUGCUGCGAAGAGAUUUCUCUACAUCCUUGACAGUUGCAACCGACGAAGGUGCGUCCGACUUCCCGAGUGGAUGCGUGAUAUUCGAAGUGGACGGGCGCAAGCUGCGGGCGGACAAGUUCCUGCUGGCGGCACGCUCAGUCUACUUCGAGCGAAUGCUCCACACAGGCAUGAGUGAGGGAGCCGCAUCGCAGGUGCCCAUUCCAAGGGCAUCGGCGCCUGCCUUUGAAGCGGUCCUUCGGUUCAUCUACUCGGCCGGUCAAGCUGGACAGGUGUUGUUUGAGCAGGCUGACCCGUUAGAAGUGUUACAUCUCUCCAUUGAGUUUCUGCUGGAGGAUCUCACUCGACUUUGCGAGUGGAAGCUCAUGCAGGGACUGACGCUGGACAAUGCCCUUGCUACCUUCGGCUCUGUUGUUUCGGUCCGCAACCAGGUCCCAGCUCUUGUGGAGAGUUGCAUAGAGAGGAUGCAGGGCCGCAUGAAAGACGUUGUUGGAAGCGAGUCUUUCAAAGAGCUCUGCCGCAGUGAAGUUGGUGUCCGGGAGUUGCUUCUCUCCCUGGAUGAGCCGCUUGCCAAGCGCCGCCGACUUCAAGUUCCUGGCAUUAGACCAGGCUGA